AUGACUACUAUUAGGCCAUUUACUUGUGAAGACAUGCUUAAAUUCAAUAAUGUUAACCUGGAUCCACUAACCGAAACUUAUGGUUUACCCUUUUAUACUCAGUAUCUUGCUCAUUGGCCUGAAUAUUUUCAAGUAGCUGAAUCUCCAAGCGGAGAGAUUAUGGGAUACAUUAUGGGAAAGGCAGAAGGGCUCGGUGAAAAUUGGCAUGGCCAUGUUACAGCCUUAACUGUUAGUCCCGACUAUAGAAGACUAGGAAUAGCUGCCACUUUGAUGAAUAUUCUUGAGGAUGUAUCUGAAAAGAAAAAGGCAUAUUUUGUUGACUUAUUUGUACGGGUCAGCAAUAAAGUAGCUAUUAACAUGUAUAAAAAUUUAGGCUACAUUGUUUAUAGAACAGUCUUAGAGUAUUAUUCUGGUGAUCCAGAUGAAGAUGCAUAUGAUAUGAGGAAAGCUUGUUCUAGAGAUGUGGAAAAGAAAUCAGUUAUACCACUAUCUCAUCCUGUAAGACCGGAGGAAGUUGACUAA